ACCUUUUUUUUGCUAUUCUGGCCAAAAAUUUCAGUAGCCAAACAUUCAGUGCAUUACUAGUCUACAGUCCAACAGCUUUCUGAUCAGUUUCACAGGAACAAAAGCAUCUGACACCCUGCUGGCUGUUAGCAGGUUAUAAAUAUACUUCUCAGAAAGAAAAGGAGGAACUAAGAUAAUAACCAGAAACACAUUUAAUGCUCCGUGUUAGUUCUACAGUCAGUCAGCGUCUUUCUCAUCACUGCUGCAGGUUCAACCUUAGAACAAGUAAAACCUUAAAUUAACUCAUUACAAAAGUAAGGAUGGUGGUUUGGGACAGAAAGAUUUCCUAUUGCUUCACCUUACUGCUCGCUGGAGCUCUGGGUCAAAGUGUGAACUAUCCAGGUCGUGUUUGUGGUGUGAAAGGAUCGACCGUCACCCUCCCCUGCUCCUUCACACCACUGAAGUCUGUCUAUGACAAUGGAACAGAAGUUUUGAUGGAGAUACCUGGGAGACAAGAAGGGAACUGCACUUUACAGAUCUCAGAUCUACAGAAGAAAGAUGGCAUAACUUUUUGCUUCAGAAUGGAAACUAAUGAUCCCAGAGCAUCUUUUACUGGCCCACCAGGAGUGAGAAUCCCAAUUGCUGGAGCUCUGGAUCAAUGUGUGAACUAUCCUGAUCCUGUUUGGGCUGUGAAAGGAUCGACCGUCACCCUCCCCUGCUCCUUCACACCACUGAAGUCUGUCAUUGAUAAUGGAAGAGAAGUUGUGAUCGAGGUCGUCAGAGUCGCCUGGUGCAAGAGCCCUCACAUCUGUCAGACAGGCACUCCGUCUGUGUACGACAGCGAAUCAAACAACAACGACCCUCGUUACAGAUACCUGGGAGACAAGAAGGGAGACUGCACUUUACAGAUCUCAGAUCUACAGGAGGAAGAUGACACAACUUUUCGCUUCAGAGUGGAAACUAAUGACAGCAGAGCAACUUUCACUGACCAAUCAGGAGUGAGAGUCAGAGUCAUAGGUGCUCUGGGUCUAAGUGUGAACUAUCCAGAUCCUGUUUGUGGUGUGGUAGGAUCGACCGUCAACCUCCCCUGCUCCUUCACACCGCUGAAGUCUGUUGUUGAUGAUGCAGGAGAAGUUUUGAUCGAGGUCAUCAGAGUCGUUUGGUGCAACAACCAUGAAUUCUGUCAGAGAGAGACUCCGUCUGUGUACGACAGCGAAUCAAACAACAACAACCCUCGUUACAGAUACCUGGGAGACAAGAAGGGAGACUGCACUCUACAGAUCUCAAAUUUACAGAAGAAAGACGACACAACGUUUCGCUUCAGAGUGGAAACUAAUGAUGUCAGAGGAUCUUUUACUGGCCCAGCAGGAGUGAGAGUCACAGUCACUGCUGCUCUAGAUCAAUGUGUGAACUAUCCAGAUCCAGUUUGGGCUGUGAAAGGAUCGACCGUCACCCUCCCCUGCUCCUUCACACCACUGAAGUCUGUCAAUUACAAUGGAAGAGAAGUUGUGAUCGAGGUCGUCAGAGUCGCCUGGUGCAAGAGCCCUAACAUCUGUCUGAUAGACGCUCCGUCUGUGUACGACAGCGAAUCAAACAACAACGACCCUCGUUACAGAUACCUGGGAGACAAGAAGGGAGACUGCACUUUACAGAUCUCAGAUCUACAGGAGGAAGACGACCAUACUUUUGUCUUCAGAGUGGAAACUAAUGAUCCCAGAGCAACUUUCACUGACCAAUCAGGAGUGAGAGUCAGAGUCAUAGAUGAAGAUAAGAAGCUCCAGAGAUGACGGAGAGUUUAAAAGAGGAGAAGAAGUCACACUGAACUGCACCACAAUCUGCUCUAUCCACCAACUGGAGGUCACCUGGUUCAGAGAUGGCUCCAACCUCUCAGAGUCUGGCCCCGCCCUCCAUCUCAGCUAUCUGACUGCAAAGGAUUCUGGGAACUACACCUGUAGUUUGAAGAAGAACAAGCGCACCCUCUCAGAGCCGUACAGCCUGCAUGUGGAGGCUGACGAGGAAGGAGCUCUGGGUCAAAGAGUGAACUAUCCAGAUCCUGUUUGUGGUAUAAAAGGAUCGACCGUCACCCUCCCCUGCUCCUUCACAUCGCCAAAGUCUGUCGAUGUCAACGGAAGAGAAGUUUUGAUCGAGAUCAUCAGAGUCGUCUGGUGCAAGAACCAUGAAACCUGUAAGCUUAUCUUUACGUCUGUGUACGACAGCGAAACAAACAACAACAACCCUCGUUACAGAUACCUGGGAGACAAGAAGGGAGACUGCACUUUACAGAUCUCACAUCUACAGAAGGAAGAUGACGCAACUUUUCGCUUCAGAAUGGAAGAUAAUGAUCGCAGAGCAACUUUUACUGGCCAAUCAGGAGUGAGAGUCAGAGUCGCAGAUGGUGCAAAGAUGAAGAUAAGAAGCUCCAGAGAUGACAGAGAGUUUAAAAGAGGUGAAGCAAUCACAUUGAACUGUUCUUCUGCUAUCUGCACUAUCCACCAACUGGAGGUCAGCUGGUUCAGAGAUGGCUCCGCCCUCUCAGAGUCUGGCCCCACCCUCCAUCUCAGCAAUCUGACAGCAAAGGAUUCUGGGAACUACACCUGUGGUUUGAAGAAGAACGAGCGCACCCUCUCAGAGCCGUACAGCCUGCAUGUGGAGUCUGACGAGGAAGGAGGAGGUAACCCAGGAGGAGGAGGUCUGCCUCUGAUCGUUGGUCUGGUGGUCGGGGUCCUGCUGGUUCUCUUCGCUGUUAUUCUGGUCGUCUGCAUCAUCAAAAGGAAGAGAGCAGCAGGUCUGGAUCAGACAGCCGUGGGACGGGAUGGGGAACAACAGCACACAGAUAACAUCUACAGCAAUAACUUCUUGCCGCUUGCUGAGCAGCAGGGACCCCGCAGUGCUGUGGAGGAAGUCAGCUACGCCUCGGUCCAGUUCACACACAAGAAGCAGGCCAGACCGGCAGAAGAGGUGGAGGACUCCAUCAUCUACAGCUCUGUAGCCAGAACAGGCUGAAGACAAACCACACCAUGAUGGCAGAUAAACUUUUUUUAAAUUUUAAAUUUUAAAAAAACAUUUGAAAAAUAACUUCUGAAAAAGCCCAGUUUUUAUUAUUGGGGAGGCUUUAACCCCCUUAUCCCCACGUAAAUGACUGUGAUUUCACCUGUCCCUCCUUGUAUAUGUAUCUGUGUAUAAUAUUAUUUCACCGGUGUUCUCUUGUUUCUGUGACAGUCUCUCUGGGUCUGUUUGUGUGUGUCUGUGUGUAUCUGUGUGUGUAUAUGUGUGUGUGUGUGUGUGUGUGUGUGUGUUUGUGCAGCUCUUUCUUCCAAUGUUUAGUGUAUCUACCUCUCAGUUUUACUGUUGCAUCAAUAAUACUUUUUUCAUAACUCAUGUUUU